AUGAUUGGAGGUGGCAACGACAACACAGUGCUGAGGUUCUCUUUCACCAACAAACAGCAGUUCAGUGAUGCCUCGUCGCAGUUGCAAGAUGCGUCUUCCCAUGUUUCCGCGGUUCACCUGAAAAGCCGUGGCUUUCUCUCCGCGUGUAUCCGGGUCUCCAAGCUCAUGGGAGAGUUGGCGCAAUGUCCUCUUCUUCAAGUACUUGAAAUCGACAUGCCCAAUGAAUCAGUGCAUACCCAUGCGCUUGUUGCCGUGCUCCAAGCGUCAAAGAAAACAUUGGUGGCAUUGACUCUACGCGCCAAUGUUUUGCGUGCCAAACGAGGUGGUACUGCUAGCAAGAGGCUCGUCGUGGAAGGACUGCGGAACCUAGUCGCAUUGGAGAAUUUCUCAUGGAAUAACGGUUCCGUGGACGGCUGUUUCAGUGAAAUCAUUGGAGCCGUUGCGAACUGCCCAAAGCUAAAGUCUGUGACGUUGACUCAAAAUCUUUGGGGAGACACGUUCGACGAAUUGGCCCUCAAUCCAACCCUGGAGGCUUUGACUUGUUCAGGGUGUGUCAUAAACUGGACUGGUAGACUUGGAACCUAUGAUAUCACUUUGGAUCGGUUCUGCCAGACACUGCAAACUUCCCGCCUCAAGUCGCUCAAGAUCUGUCCUCCUCCUACCAAUAAUGAUCACGAGAAUGUUGAUAUGACACCCCUUGCCAACUAUCUACACCACACCAAACACUUGGAACAUUUGUCAUUGGCAAUCCACAAGACACAAGUCAAGGCUCUAGCCAAUGGUUUGAAACACAACUAA